AUGGUGCUCGACGACGAGACUCUGUCUCAAUCUCCAACAAACAUAGAGACAUGGGACAGCCCCGAUCCCAGCAGCCCGCAAGCUGCCUUGUUCCCGAGCAAGCUCGACCGCGAAUACCUGCGCCCCCCGAUGGCUUUUUACCUGUACACCCGAUUCCUAACCCCGCAGCUCUGGGAGCACAGAGUGCUCGAGCGCGUCUCGAAGCAUUUAGAAAUGGCCAAAGGCAUUCUACGCCGAAACCCGAGCCAAGACGAAAUCAACGCAUUUGUCGAACACACCAGCCGCGAAGUGAACAUGAGGGGGCUGGGUAUGCCCAUUGGCCUGAGCGCGGGUUUUAUACACACGAAUUUAUUUUUGAGAAAGAAACUUAGCAUCCCGAGAAACGUGCCGGUUUUUCAAGGUAUUCAACAGGCGAUGGCGUCAGUGGCCACGGCGGAUAAGCGAGCGUUGGUGUUCCAGGCGGCGAUUCGCACGUCGUUUUGGGUGUUGUUGUCUAUGGGUAAUUUCCAGGGGUUUGCGACUUAUCAGUUCACAUUGGGUUUGAGCUCGGAUGAGCGGUUGGGCUCGUUCCGUGAGGCGGUUAAGAAGUAUACGAAUGCGCGAUUGCAGCGUCUCGAGGGCAACAGUGAACAAGCGCGACAAAGACACGAAGGCAGAGAGGCUAUUCGCCAUAAUCCGCCAGCUACGGCAGUCGCUGAGGAGUAUCCGCAACCUGACUACGGCCGGGGCCGGGAGAGUACCAGCAGCACCAGCACCAGCACAAGCGCUCCGGAUAAUGUUUGGGGAGGAAGGGAGCAGAAACAGGCUGAUUUCACCGAUUCCUUUCUCCAGGACGACCGUAGCAGCACCGACGAUGCUAGCCCCAUAGCUUUUGAAUUGCAAACACAACAAAACACAAAUAAAUCGACGAAUUCCUGGGAACGCAUCCGACAAGAACGCUCCCAGCAGCAGCCACAGAUGACGGCCAAUUCACCGGCAAUGUGGAGGGGCCGCGCCUUUAAACAAGUAGAACAAGAGCAGCAGUCCCAAAACCCAACCACCGAUUAUGCGACCGAGGAGAAGAGCAGACAACAGGAACGAGACGCUGCGCAAAGAGAGUUUGAUCAGAUGAUGGAUGCCGAACGACAGCUGUCACAAGGUGAUAGCAGUGGUAGCAGCUCUGGUGAGAAUAGUAGAAAGGCAGGGAGACGUUGGUGA